GUUUCACAUUUCAUCUACUAACGAUAUCACCCUAGAGAAUAGCACUUCCUAAUGGCAGACGUAUCUGGAAGCAGCAAUGGAGGUUCCCAAGAGGAACCUAAUGGAUCCACGCCCUCUAAGACUUCACUGCCCCUAAUCACUAUCUCAUCACCUAAUUGCAACGCCUCUGGUGUAAGUGAUGCUGGUGUGAAGGAGGCAGCGUCGAAUGAUUCUGUUGCUGAAGAAUCUCCGACCACGUACCGACGAUCUGUGUCAGAAGGAAGUCUUCACGAUGUGGUGGAGAUGCCCUACCUGGAGGCGCCUCCGAACUCCCCCGUACUCGAAAAAGAAGACGACAACGAGCUCGAGUACAAAGAGCCGGACGAUAACGUCUCUAACACGAUUAACCGCAUCCUAGAAGUCUUUGCUGAUCGUCCUGAGACGGAUAUUGAACCCCCCUUCCGCAAUCCGUCCAAGUCUCAGAUCAAGAUGCGCCGCGAGGGAAUGUACAAUGGAUUCAGCGCCGCUCACUUUGGCUCAGUCAGUGGCCCCCCUCUAGGUCUUCCUCAGAGUCCCCCCAGCGCGAGCCGUGGCCAUCGGCGAUCCAAGUCAAUCCGAGACUUCGGUUUCGGAAGUUCGAAGAACAACGCCACUGCUAGUGACUUGCAACAUUUGCUCAAUGAUGAUUCUCGAGCAAGCUUGGGUGGUUCAUCCUAUGAGGAUGUGUUCAUGAACGCGUGUAACACAUCUUACUAUCUCGGCGGUCGUGAUUCAGCGACACUAAGACCCGCAAGAGGACGAGAUGUAAGCUUCGCUAUGCGCCAUGUGGGCCUAGUGAGCGAAGCAAGCCAGGCCACCAUUGUCACCGAAGACGAAGACAGUCCUUUGAGACACCAAGCAACCCGUCUUCCAUCCACAAGUGCUUAUGGUGACUUAAGAAGCCAGAGGGACCAUGGCAUUAACCAGAACCCCAAUAUUCCCGAGCAGGAUGAGGGUUUGGUUAUGCGCGAUUCUGCGAACACCGAUGAUUGGUGUACUACAGAGAUGAACAGUGAAGCUGGUUUUGUCUCGGGUACUUCGAUGAACCACCCCAACAUAAUCCAACCCACCGGCAGCAGUGUUGCAGGCAACUCGGAGGAAAGUGUGUGGAGAAUGCCCACUACAGUUAGAUAUCGGCCUCGAGUUAUACAGCAUCCAGGCUUGAAGGGCCAGCAGGAGUCUUAUGAGAUGCACACCAUGAAGCCAUCGAAAUGGCCUGUGCUUCUUCCGAAGGGUCAGCAUUCUCGUCCGGGAGGUUAUCCCGAGAACUCAUCGCGCUGUUUCACGGUUGGUGAAAGCAACGAACACCCUACAUCUCCUAUGCGUAACGUGUCUAGCACGAACCCUUUCCUGCGAAUCGAUAGUAAUCGACGCAACAUGGACUCGGGAAGCCUUAUUCUCCCAACAAGCUACACCGGUCGAUCCCGCUUCGAAUUCCGAGACUCGGUGUCAACGUUCGCUACCCAGACGUUGGAGCGUCACCCGUCGAACGCUCGCUUGUCCAUGGCACCGACUGAAUCCGGAGAUGGAGUUCUCGAAAAGGUCCCUCUUAGAGAGAACCUUCCUGUAGUCAAGUCCGAAUCGGACGACUCUUUGGCUGAGCAGACCUCAUCGAAGGUAGUAGAGGUUUCUUCCCAGAAACCAUCCGACCCUUGCCUUGUUGACCAAGAUUAUCCCAACCGUCGCAUGGCUUCACGCAAGAUCAGCAAGGACAAGGAUCCAAACUGGGUUGACCUGGAACCGUCUACCUCCAAUGCAGAGCUCAUGUCAUCUCGUUCGAAGUUUGAAUUCGAGCUCAUCCCACUCGACGAGGCUCAGCGUCUGAACAAGGAGCAACGCGACUGUGGCGAAACGGAUGAGACUGAAUCGACAAUUAAGCGUUGUCUACGAGCUGAGAAUGUCAAGUCGAUCCGGGCGGUUUCGAACACUCCCGCUCGAAUUCCGCAUCCCCUUCGCAAGCAUACGCGAAGAAUUGAAGAUGCCCCCAAGCUGUCCAUCGACUUCAGCCCCUCGAGCGUCUUUUAUACAGACGCUCUCCGAGACAUAACCCCUCCUUUCUCCGCCACCACCCAUCCCAACCUCGCUGAGCCCGCGAAGGCCAGAGUUCGUACGCCAAGUGUAACCGAGGACACAAUUCUGACCCCUCUGGGAGCGCCAUCGUGGAUCGAAAGAAUGAAGACUCAUGCUGUAGACAAGAAGAAUUCGGUGCAGCGCAAGAUCUCCAACAUGACGGUGAUCCACCAUGUUGGCAUGGACAACGAUAGCCAGAUGAGCCUCGCUGCCAUCGAGGACAUGACGGAGCCCUACCUGUCUUAUGGUGCUCGUGUCAAGCGCCAGCGAAUCUUCGCCGCAGCCGCAUGCGUGUCUGCACUCUUCCCAUUCAUCGCAAUCCUCGUAAUGGCCGGAAUACUUGAUCCUGUUCUGCUGUGGUACACUAGUGGUGAAGCACGCCGACUGACCAUCCGUCAGCACAACAUUGUUAGGAACAUGUUCCUAGCAUGGUGUUGUGUUCUCAUGAUCUUGUUACCGACAAUCAUUGCGGUGUACGUGAAGAGAUCGUAGAGUUUGACUACGACGGAUAGAGAUUAAGUCUCCAGGCAUUGGUAAUAUUUUAGAAAUGGGUUGAAACGGAGUUUCAUCAAGGGCGUUUGGGAAAGGUACUUGGGCUGGUACUGAAGCACUAACAAAGUGCAUACUUGUUUGAAUUUUCCUUUUCUUUAUCUGGGCGCUGCCGAUGCGCAGCAAUUUUUUCUUUCUUUCCCUCUGUCUCAUCACGAUUCGACGAGAAACGACGAGAACCCUGUGCUAUUGGGGUUUACGAUCACCAAUGAUAACGCCGGCAACGAUAACAAUCAUGACGAAUGACAACGGCAGCUCUCCUUUGUUAAGGAUGAUCUUAUCAUCUCUGGGGAUAACAUAGCAGGCAGGAUAGGAUCUCGUGAAACCUUUUGACUCUGAUUGAUAGCAGUCAUUGGAGAUGAAAGGAUAGGGAC